AUGGAAGAUGUUGAACAACAUAUGGUUUCAACCAAAGAAGCUAGAGUGGCAAUUGAAGAACAUGGCGAAAUGGUAUGGAGACUGAAGGAAAUAGAUCUUGAAACCCGAGCUAUAUUGAGGGAUGUGAUGAGUUCAAGCGAGAAGAGAAUGAGAGUUGGGGAAAAGGGUGAGGACUUGUUAGGCAUAAUGAUGGAAUCCAAAACCAAAGCACUUCAAGAAAAAGGGAACAAAGAGAAUGCUGGACUGACUGAUGACCAAGUAACCAUGAUCUUGAAUGAAGUUCUGAGGCUGUAUCCACCAGCACUGUGGAUAGUCCGCUCAAUCUAUGAGGAGACAAAGGUUCAUAAUGAUCCUGAAAUCUGGGGAGAAAAUGCAAAAGAUUUCAACCCGGAGAGAGUGGCCAAUGCUGCCAAGAAGCCGCCAAACUCGUUCCUCCCAUUUGGCUUGGGCCCUCGCAUUCGCAUUGGCCAGAACUUUGCAAUGAUGGAAGCAAAGGUGGCAAUUGCACUGAUUCUUCAGAAUUUCUCAUUUGAGAUCUCUCCCAUCUUACGCACAUGCCCCUUUUCCUCAACUAACUCUUCAACCUCGGUUUGGAGCUCCAAUAAUUCAAAGUAA